UUUCAAUUUGAAACUUUGGCGGCGUUUGAUUUGGCAGGUAGCACAGAAAAGGAGCAAAAUGGAGGCCAGCAUGUCCAGACUUCUUGUUGGACUGUCUGUAAAAAUCAGUCGCAGUGAUGGUCGAGUUCAUCUGGCAGUGGUGAAGUCCGUGGAUUCCGUAAAGUCCACGGUUAUGGUUGAGUGGAAUGAAAGAAAGAUCUGCCGAGGAAAGGAGGUUGAAGUGAAUGAGUUAUGUAUACUCAAUCCUGAACUUUUGGACCAUAUAAAGGCUGUCACUAACCACACUGUAGACCCACCCUCUCCUGCUCCAGACAAGAAGUAUGAGGGCCGUCUUCGUUCAUCCAGGAUUCCUGCCCCUGCCUCUUCCUCUGCUCCAGCAGUCAACAAAGCUGAAGAGUCAGUUGCCAAUCGGUCUCAGACCAGGCAGACGUGUAUGUUCCAGGCCCCGGCCCCUGUUCCAGCACCAGUCCCCACCUCUGAGUCUGCGCAGGUGAACCUAGAGACGGUCCACCCUGAUGUCCCCUCUUCAUCAGUCCUGACAAACUCUGCGAUUCCUAAUCAGCAGCACAGAAAGAAUGAGGCCAAACCAGCUCAGUCACUGCCUUAUGUGCGUGAGGCGAAAAAGGAAAAUGAUGAACCUGAGAGAAUGCCACCUCCACCUGCAGUGAAAGGCAGAAGAAAAUCAGUGGCUCCCCAAGAGAUAAACAAAGGCAACAAAAGGCUGUCUUGCGUUGUAAAGCCCUCUGACAUUCAGACCAAGAGGGGAAAGUUUGGGGAGGCUCCUCGACCAAACCAAAAGUUCUACGAGAUGAUCCAAGACUUCAGAGAGACCCUGGAAAUAACCCCCUUAGCAACUACUGACCAUAUUGAACCUCACAGGAUUUGUGUGUGCGUUCGCAAGCGGCCCCUUAACAAACAAGAGAUUAAUAAAAGGGAGAUAGAUGUUGUGUCUGUACCUGGAAACGGUGCGCUGCUGGUCCAUGAGCCAAAACAGAAGGUGGACCUCACCAAGUACUUGGACAACCAAGUCUUCCACUUUGACUACUCCUUUGAUGAGACCGCCACCAACGACCUGGUCUACAAAUUCACAGCCAAACCUUUGGUGCAGUCUAUUUUUGAAGGCGGCAUGGCAACAUGUUUCGCCUAUGGCCAGACUGGAAGUGGGAAGACUCAUACGAUGGGGGGAGAUUUCACAGGGAGGCAGCAGAACAGUGCCAAAGGAAUCUACGCCUUGGCAGCCCAGGAUGUUUUCGCCUAUCUGAACCACAGGAGGUAUUCUAACCUGGAUCUUUGUGCCUAUGUGAGCUUCUUCGAGAUAUACAAUGGAAAAGUGUAUGACCUGCUGAAUAAGAAGGCAAAGCUCCGUGUGCUGGAGGAUGACCGGCAGCAGGUCCAGGUGGUGGGCCUGGAGGAGGUCUAUGUGGCCACAGCAGAAGAGGUCAUCAAGAUGAUCCAGGCGGGCAGUGCGUGCAGAACAUCAGGCCAGACCUCCGCCAACGCCAACUCAUCCCGCUCUCAUGCCAUCCUGCAGAUUGUCCUGCGGCGCAAUAACCGUGCCAACACGCUGCAUGGCAAGUUUUCCCUCGUCGAUUUGGCUGGCAACGAGCGUGGCACAGAUGUCAGCAGCAACGACCGCAGCACUUUAGUGGAGACUGCCGAGAUCAACCGCAGCCUGCUGGCUCUCAAGGAGUGUAUUCGUUCACUGGGAAUGAACAGCGAUCACAUUCCUUUCCGGAUGAGCACUUUGACCAAAGUCCUCAGGGAUUCCUUCAUCGGAGAAAAGUCCAGGACCUGCAUGAUUGCGAUGGUGUCACCAGGCAUGACUUCAUGUGAAUACACGAUGAACACACUACGUUAUGCUGACAGAGUGAAGGAACUGAAAGGCAAUGCCAAGUCCAGUGGAGCGGCUAAGGCAGAAGAGCCUGUGAAUAGCUCCACAGAGGAGGAAUCUGUUGAGGACACCAGUGUAUAUGAUGCCAUAACCCAAGUGGCAGAGCUGGAGGAGAAGGUUUACACGGAGUUCCAGAGGGGUAAUGAACUCUUCAAUGCAAUGGGGCAGACCUCGUACAAUAUCGAGACAGGACUUCCAGACCUGAUGGAUCACGCAAAGAAAUUACUGGACACCGUCCUGGCUUUGCAGACUGCUGUGGACCAGGAGAGAAGGGCAAGGCAAAGCUUCUAAGAACCCACUGACCUACUCACAAAUUCCAUUUAUUGAAAACGUCUGUUUUAACAGCUUGAUUUUAAUGUGUUAAUGACUGUACUAAAUAAAUAAAAAGUUUUGGGACACUACUUCAUUUAACAUAUUUAACUCUUUGGGAAUUUCUUGUAUAUUAUUAGUUUGAUGCUAAUGUGGAUGCAGCAGCAGAAAUUCAGUUAAAAUUAUUUAAUUUUACGACUUUAUUACCGUUUGAAGUAACCGUACUUUACUUGAGAAUGAACAUUUUAUGCUUUGUAAUGACUUUUACUUGUAGCAGAAUAUUUCUACACUGUGAAAUUGCAUUUACCUAAGUACGAGAUCAAGAGAGCACAAAUGGCUCCAGUCAAAAGAAUUUCUUUUAUCAGAUAUUAAACAAGGCAGACUAGAAAACAUGCACCACCCAUAAACCCCAGUGAAAAUGUGGCAUGUGUAUAGCAUAUUAAUUUAAAUAAAAUACAGUAGUUAAUUUUUGGACACAAAGCUGUAAUUGAACAGUUCGGCUGGAGUAUUUGGACUGAAAUUGAGUUGGCAGUUCAUGGAUUGGCCCCUUUUCCACAACAACAAAAAAAGUAAGAGGAGAGAGGUGAUUGUACUUACGACAUCCUUGUCUGCAAAUUUCACCGACCGUCUAUAUUGUUUUGUAAUGUUUUUACAUUAAUAUGUGUUACAUUGAAUAAUGCCUUCAAACGGCCCAGAUCGAGCUGACGUGGGGAG